GUCAAGGCAAGUCUUCCUUAGCCAAUCUAAUAGUAAAUGAUGAGAAAAUUUUUGAAGAAUGGGGCAAAUUCGACGAAGUUUUUAAAAAGGGUAAUGGAACUCUUAGUCAAACUAAAAAGACUCAAUCGAAAAAAAUUACUUUAAAGAUAGAUGCAGGAAGGGAAGUACAAGAUUUAAUUAACAUCAAUAAGAAAAUCUGUAAGAGUGCUAGAAAAAGGGUAAUAGAUCAUUUAGCGACUUGUGAAGAUGUUUACAAACCAGGGAGUUUGGAUGAGAUAAACGAAAGAAUUAGCGGCUUAUUAAAUGAAAACAAGGAGUUGCAAAAACAAUUAGAAGAAUUGCAAAAAGAGUACAAUAUGUUGCAAGAACAAUUAAAUAAAUUCCGUGAUACAGAGGAAUGUUCAAAGGAAAUGAGUUUUUCUCAAGAGUUUUAUAAUGAAUUAGAGAUAAGAAAGGAAGAAAAUGAGUUAAAAAAGAAAAUGGAUGAAAUGAUGAAGAAAAUAGAUGAAAUAAAAAAUUCAAUACACGGAAAUGAGAAUUCUAUAAUAGGUCUUUUUGCUGCCAUUGGGAGAGGUUUGGACAUUCUGACUGAAAUGGUGAUAGGAUUAGCAGGAAAGGCAUUAGAAA